GCUGAAUUUCCUUACUGUGCGGACCACCCAGAACGUCCAACAAUUGUGUGAUGGCGACAGGGAUACUCACAUGAUCUGUGCAACCGCUUUGGAACCUCAGCCUUGUUUACCAAGAUAGGACCAGAUCCUGUCACAAGGUUUCCGUGACAAUCAUCUUCCGAGUCCAAAAUCCCUUUACUCGUCUAGCAGGACAUUGCGAUUGUUUCGCCUUUUUUUCCAGAUGGCGGACUUGGUGCCGCGACCACCGACACCCCCUCCUCCAACGCCAACUACCGUACCUCAAGCCAUUGCCGAUAUCACUGCCCUGCUCGACGAGAUAUCCUACAAACUUCAGACCCUUAUCGGAUACUAUAUCCAUCCUGAAACCACACCAACACAGAUCAAAGCGUUUGAACCUCGGUUGCUCAUCCUUCAGGAAAGGCUAAAUGCGUUGUCCAAGCUGUCGUAUAUUCAUCUGUCGCAUCUAAUUGAUAAUUCGGAUCAAUUUUCGUCCCAGUAUCUGAUCAGUAUCAUCGACCAACUUCUCAAUGCUGCGCUCGGGAUUCAGAAGGUGUUUGCAGACCAUUAUGAUCCGUCGUUGCACAAACGUCUACCAUUCAGCACAAUCUGGAAGACAUUGGAGUAUCGCAUGGAGCAAGUCAGGUUGAUUCCACAUCGAAGUCCUAGUAACCCACGUCGCAUCAUUCCCGAAGAACAACGACCCAACGAGAUUGGCAGAUUCUGCAGCGGAGCAUUGCAGAUGAUCAAUUUGCGUGACAAGGGCAAGAUAUCAAUCGUCGACAGGAGCAAUCUUUCCGAAGCAGAUCAACGUAAGAUGCGAGACUUUAAAGGUGUCUUUCUCGACUGGGAAUGUCCCGAAUGUAAUUUCAAGGUACACUUCCAUGUUUCCAGCUCGACGACCAGCAACAUCCAUUCGACGGAUGAAAUCCAUCAACAUGAUUCUAUCCGUGUCCAGUAUCGCAGUUCAUUCUUGGCCAAGUCUCACCUUUACUUGGCUCCGCACAGCAAGACGUUGGGCACGUCGACACGACGGGAAAGCGUAACGGUAUCGUUGUCUAAAAGAGCGACAGCAAGCCGAGCACUACGUCCAGAGUACGGAUGCCUGUUCUGCUAUGCUUUGGGCAAGGAUCUUGAGUUUGGACGAACCACAUUUGCAACUCAGCGGCAUUUAGCUGAGCAUCUCUCUGUUCGCCAUCGAAAACCAGCUCUUCCAAGUCCUCUGCUUCACCGGUUCAGCGUUGCGAUUAAUGGUAAGAUGGCACAAGAACGACUCCGAUGGGACGUGAAUCUCUUGUGAGGAGAUGGACGUCCUCGAGUUUGUAUGAUCAUGUGCAUGAGGCUCAAAUGGAAGGGAUGAGAUGCAUCCACGGAUUGCUGACCAUGUGUAUUGACGCACCCUUGGCGAACCUUUUCAGAUGUCAAAGCAACGCAAUGGCCAAGAGGGAUCUACAAAAGAUAAGCUAAGCAUUGCAGGUAUUUACCUACUGUAAUUGGAAGAGAAUUGUCGGCGAUUUAGGUCAAUAUCGAUUCACGGGGAGCCGGAGUUUGAAUUUACAGUAUCCUUUCGAAAUACAAUCAUCACCUGUGUCC